CUGAAUCCGAGAACAUGUUUUUCUAUUUUGUGCUGUCACUGCUCAUCGGACUCUUCGGAGGAUCGCUGUUGUUAUACGCAUUCCGACAACUAAGUAAAACGAAGUACGUACAUCAAUAUCCGUUAAAGUUCAUCCUACGAGACGAAGGACGGAUCCGAUUAUCUGGAGACGGAGAAGAGGAUCUAGAAAGUAGCUGGGGCACCUUCGGCGGGGAGUCUGGCGAAGGCGGGAGUCGUGGUCCAUAUUACGGCUAUUACUACCAUGACCAUGAUCAAGAUCAAGAGGAGGACGGAGUUGAUGACGGUAUCACAGAUGGAGCAGUGUCUGUGGAGAGAUACAGGGAUGAUAUAGAGUUGGAGGAGGAGGACGCGGAGGGGCAUAGAAUUGUGAGGAGGAGUAGUGUGCCAGCUGCGUUAGGAAGGGCUGGGGAUGAAGAGGAGGAUGUGUUCUUAAGAAAGUCUGAUGACGAAGGGGCACACUAACCUUAACGUGAAUGGUGUUCUGCGGGACGUUGAUUGGGGUUCGGUGUAUGUCUGAUAUGUUAUCCUCAUAUUUUUGGAAGUAUAGACGGUUUGGGGUACGGAUCAAGAAUAAUACCACCUUCACGGAUCUGCC